AUGGCUCUUCCUUCGCUGUGGAGGUCAACUGCUAAGUCAACACGUAUAGCCCUUGCAGUGCUAACAGUGACGUCGCUGUUGGUGCUCGUGCUUAAAGUGCACGCCAUGGGUCAAUCAGAGGGGGCCGCAAGUCUACGUGACAUCACCAUCCCAUAUAUUCAAUUGAUUCCCAGACACGCCAUUUUUCAUCCUUGGGUUUUUCUAACUGCUAUUUUUGCUGAGAUCUCAAUAAUAGGGUUCUUGAUUUCUGCUGGUGUGCUCUUUGCCGCCACUAACUACAUUGAGAAAUUUUGGGGAUACCAGGAAGUUCUUAAGUUUAUUGUGCUAGUGGGAUCCAUCACAAACUUGACAACUGUCAUGGUUGCCAUCAUCAGCAACAUCUUUCGCAACGAUGUUGGCGGAAUGGACAAGCCAUUAGGGGGAGGAAUCUCCUACUACUUCAGCUUCCUUGUGGUGCUCAAACAAAUCAUUCCAGAGCACAACGUAGUCUUGUUUCAAGGCCUCAUAAACUUCAGGGUGAAACACCUUCCAUUCAUGCUUUUGUUGAUUGUCAGUGUGUGGUCUCUUGUUAUUUCUAGGUCAUUGUAUCCCGCUGUGCCCUCAAUUGUAUCAUUUUUCGUCAGCUACAACUACUUGAGAUUCUACCAGUCUCUUUCUACGGAUCCUCUUUUGCCAGUGACUUCGUUGAAUGGAGACCAAAGCAGCGCCACUAUUGUCACCGGUGAUGCCUCUGAUGCUUUCCUGCUCGCGGAGUUCUUCCCCAGCGCCAUUAAGGCUCCCGUUUCUGUUGUGGUGAACCUGAUAUACGAUGUAAGUGUACUUUUGGGGAUUGUGACGCCAUUCAAUGAUGAGGCUGUGGAGCAGAGUAAUCUUCGUGCUCAGAAGAUCUCUGAGCAGGUAAACAAAGCUAACAAGCUGAUUGCCAACUCUGUGGCUGAGAGGAGAAGACAGGUGGCGCUUCAAGUAAUUGAGGAUAGAGUUGGUCAUUCAUAA